GGUAAAAUUCCCGUCCUGCGGGGUUGAACUGAUGGUAAAAUCCCCGCCAAAUGCCCCCGCACCCCAGAGACCCUAGGACUUAAAUGGUUGUUGAAGUAGUGAGUAGCCAGCGGGUGGCCUUCACACCAGCCCACAUUCAGCUGGCCUGUGAUGGCACAUUCCUCGCCCUGCCUAAAACACGAACAGAUAUUGGCGCCUGGAGUCUCCAUGACAUCUCCUGUAAGCCCUUAGAAUUAGUUGGCCAUGGAAAAACACUGACAGCUCUUGCACUGGGUAACAAGUCGUCUCCCAAGUUACUUGUAUCUGCAGCAGAUGACUAUGUGAUAGUCUGGGAUCUGCACCAGUGUCGGCAGAAAGUAGAGAGAGGGGAAAGUGUUCGAGGCAGGGUUAUUGGCACCACAUUGGGGACAGUGGCUCACCUGGCACUCAGUCCUGAUGACUCCCGGAUAGCGGCUUGUGUUGGCGCAGAGAUUGUCAUUCUCCUGGCACAGCGUGAGUGCAGUGUGGCGGUGCUGGAAGGCCAUGACGGGGCAGUUACUGCCGCAGAGUUCUGCCCACACUACACUGCCACCCUCGUCACCAUCUCCGAGGACAGAACAUUCAAGGUGUGGGAUGUGUCAGAGCUGGUGCUGGUCUACCAGUCCCCGAUAUUGACGGCCUCCCCCUUCCUCUGCCUCACCAUGAGCUUCACUGAGCCGCGUGUCUCCAUUGGAGCUGCUGAUGGCAUGGUCAGGGUAAUUGACCUGACGGAUGGAAACGGUUUCCGGUGCCUCCACCAGGUGGAUGCCGAGAAAAUCAUCAACCGCCAGCGGGAACACAGACAUAUCACACAUGAACAAGACACAACUGGUCCGGUGAAAGUGAGCAGUCGGCCCGUGUGGAGGCAGCCUGUCCAAGCAGGUGUAGGGGCCGGAGGAGAGGAGUCUCCGCGGGUUGAGGCAGGGACUGCAGUCUUAGCCAUGUACUUCUCUGCCCCACCUAUGCAGCCAUGCCCACCAUCAACCAAUACAACACACCUCCCAUUCCUCCACAAUCAGUCAUCUAUCGUCAGUGACCUGCUGACAUCAUCACCGCUUCUGUUGGUGGGAACGACAGCAGGAUUUCUUGUUCUAAAUGCCGGCUCCCUCGACCUACUGGAACACAUAGACUUUCAGGAGCCGUUGCAGCACCCAGACAGUAUUGAAACUAAUGCGAAGGUGUUGAAUGCUGCUGGUUCCAUCAUAUUUGGCCAGGGAGCUGAUCAGAUGCUGUGGUGUGUGGUAGGCAGCCCAUUUGAGAAUGUAGUACACAUAUUGAAAUGGAAGCAGUCAAGCCCAGGGCGCGAUACCAGUCCACGUCCACAGUCGUGUGACAGAGACGGGGCUCGCGGAGAUAUCCAUGGCAUCACAAGCAUGAACAGCCCUAAUUCGCUGUCGGCCAGUAAACAAAGUAUAGAAAUAACCGUCCUAUCCACUGCCAGCCUUCUGGAGGAUUCACCUUUGAGAGCAGACAUGACACCUAAACAGAAGGACAAUAAAGAUAAAAAGCCAAGAGACUUUGUGAGUCACCAGAAGAAAGGGGUCAUUACUGGGAACCAGCCCCUUACAUUCAAGACGAAGAUCAAGUCCUCAGGCUACACUGCCCAGCCUAGGACAACUAUGUUCAAACCCCAGACCAGCUUCAGCGCUAAAUCUUCAAGGACUCCUCCCAAAUCCAAUGCCAAACAAAGGGUAGCAGGGGAGUACCCGAUGCAGGCUAAUCCGCCGCAACACCUCAACAUGAAGACAGAUGUCGCAGAGAGACCGACUCCCGUCAACGCCCUUGCCAUCUCUGAUGGAGGUCAAAGCCUGGCGUGUGCCCUCGCCAACAAGUCUGCCCUCAUCUUCCCAAUACCCAUGAGCAACAAGAAAGCCUCAUCAUCAUCAUCAUACACAGGUCACAACCACGUGGUGUCUAGUGUGUCAUGGAGCCACUGUGGGAGCCGUCUUAUCACUGCCUCCUCUGACAGAACCGCCUGCGUCUGGCUCUGGUCACAGUCAGAGCCAGCACUCACGUUCGACAGGCAGAUCAAGAGCAAUGCUCCUGUCCAUAAGGAAAAUCCUGCUUUCAGCAAAGAAAUACAGAGUGCUCAGUUUUAUUUCAUGGACAAGUUCAUAUUGAUGUGUUCUGGAAAUACGUUGUUCUUAUACAAAUAUUAUAUAGACCCCACCAAGGAUGAUGUUCAAAGGUACCUGGUACAGAGUCGAUAUAAAGUGGUUCAGCAGUGGACCGCCGAAUCACAAGCCAUCACAGCACUCGCAGCAAUCAACAGUUUCCUCUCCUAUGUAGUCCUGUGUGGAUGCUCCAACAAGAACAUUGAGGUGUUUGACCUGAAUGCUGGUCGCCAGAUCCGCAAAAUGACAGACACCCACGCCAGGCCCCUGCACGCCCUUUGCCAGAAUGAGGGUUCCCAGUUUGCCUCCCACCCAAGCGGGGCCUAUGACUUGUUUGCCUCUGCAGCUGCUGGAGACUGCAUCAAACUCUGGGACCUCCGCACUGACAGGUGUGUCCGGCGUUACGAGGGUCAUCUUAAUCGCGUACACCCGUGUGGCCUUGCCUUCAGUCCUUGUGGACGCUUUCUGGCCACUGGCUCAGAAGAUAAAUGCUCGUAUCUGUUCGACCUGAGGUCUGGGACGUACCUUCACAAGUUGCAAGGACACACAGACGUUGUGUCUGACGUCGCCUUCAAUCCCCGCACCCCUCAGUUGUUCACAGCAAGUUUAGAUGGGAAAAUCGCUGUCUACAACAAUAGAUGACACUUCAACACCAAUAUUAGAGCACUAAACUUCACCAUUAUGUGUGUGAUACUGAUGGACAGCGGCCUGCAGGUUGUUUGGAGGAUUUCCUUGUGGUCAGCAAGCCACUUCAGUACAAAUGCAGUGUAUUGCUAUAUGGAAUGACUUACAGAAUGUUCCAUGAGGCAAUGGUGGUCUGAUUCAUACUAUGCAUGGGUCAAUUACCAGUACCUUCACAUUGUUUGUGGACUGAUUUACUCACCACCAGAGUUCUAUGUCAAACAAAAGACUGUGUGAAAUGUUUCAACGCAAGCUCUAGUGUUUGCAUGAAAUAAAUCAUCUAUUAUAUAUCAGAUUGCAUCAAUUUUAUUGAUUUAUGAGUUUGUUAAACUUUGAUCUGUUAAAAUAUCAUGUCUGUUGUCUAUGUUGUGUUUGAGUGAAACUCCUACAAAAGUUCUUCUGUCGUACUAUGUGUGACAAGUCCCUCCUAUGAAGCUUUUUUGAUGUUUGCCAUGAUUAUUUAAACUAGAUCUAUCACAGGAGUGAUGAAUACCCCCAGACACUGAAAGAAUUAUAAAUGAGGUUUAAGAAAAUAUCACUUUUCUAAGUUCAAUAAAAUGGGAUAUACUCCUUAUAUAAAAUGGGAUAUACUCCUUAUAAUCCUUCAAUAAUUGUAUACUAUUCAUGAAUAAAAAAAUAUAGUACAUGUAGUUAAUAUAGUGUGUUGCCUGUUUAGAAUGGCUGACACAUUGGCAUUAUUUUCCCAUGGCAUCGUCACACUUUCAUUUCUGCUCAAUUGCUUUGAACAACUUGUUGAGUAUGUACAUUGAUUAUGGCCAUUGAAUUUGAAAUUGGGGUCGGUAGGUAAGUGACCCUUAUAAGAAAAAUUACUGGGUUUCCAAUUAUAAAUAUUGAAUGACUUGGUGCAAGGU